AAAAAAAAAAUUGGUUAAAACCUUGAUUAGAGUUGAGAGCUUUGGAAGUGAGGCAGUAAGAAAGUGACCCCGCGCCGUUUCCGUAAGCUUCUCCGGUCUCUCUCUCUCUCUCUCUCUCUUUCGAACCGCCGUCACUCAGCUAGUAACUGUUUCUGAACACUUCCUCUGUACGGUGGUGGAAUUGUAAUCAAAAUGGAGUUUAACUCUCUAAGUUAUGGAGAUGGUGAUAGUAAUGCACUAAUUUUGCCAACUAAGAAGAUGAAGAAAAGGAAAGAGAUGGAACAGGAACGUGGAAAGAAACGUGGUAAAGUCCAAUCAAAUAAGAAACAGAAGUUGAGCAAAACUCAGAAAAAGAAGUUGAAGAAAUCAGAGGAUGACAAGGAGAAGCAACUUCUGCUGGAAAAAGCCCUGAAGACACUAAAUGAGAACACUCUUCCUGAGUAUGCAUUUCCUCUUCUGCAGUCAUCGUGCAAUAUUAAUCGGGUUGAGACCGUGAAGGAAAAGCGUAGGAAGGCUGUGCAUUUAUUGAAAGAAGGAUUGGAUGUCCCACAUGAUGAUGACCUGUCCAAGAAACAGGAUAUUGCAUGUACAUCUGAAUCCGAGGAAGAAGAGAUUCAUACGGUGCAGGUUAAGGAAUUUGAGGAAAAUGAUGUUAUUCAACCUUUUAGAACCGAAAAAGAAAUUUUAUAUACAACAACUGUUCCUUUGGAGUCCACUCAAGAACCAGUUCAUAGAAAUGAAGUUAUUAAUUAUGAAACUGUCGCUGAACCUGUGGCUGACGUUUCCACUGACAAGCAACCUGAUGAAAUCAGAAGUUCUUCUCCCACCUCUCGUUCUAUUGAUGACAUAAAAAGCACCAAUUCAAAGGACAGGAAAAAUGAGAACCCCACCACGAACUUCAAUGAAUUGAGCAAUCUUCCACAUGUUUCUACACAAAGGCCCUUGACUACUCCUACAGUUGUGCAUGUUUAUAGACCACCAGAGGUUCAAGAGAAAAGAAAGGAUCUUCCUAUUGUCAUGAUGGAGCAAGAGAUAAUGGAAGCUAUAAACUACAAUUCCAGUGUCAUCGUAUGUGGAGAAACUGGAUGUGGUAAAACAACACAGGUUCCUCAGUUUCUUUAUGAAGCUGGCUAUGGUUCAAGCAAGUUCCAUGCUCGCAGUGGUAUUAUUGGUGUCACUCAACCACGUCGAGUGGCUGUUCUUGCCACAGCAAAGCGUGUGGCAUAUGAGCUUGGUGUUCGGCUAGGAAAGGAGGUUGGCUUUCAAGUUAGGUACGAUAAGAAAAUUGGAGAAAAUUGUUCUAUCAAGUUUAUGACUGAUGGAAUUUUGCUGCGAGAAGUUCAGAAUGAUAUUUUAUUAAGGCGUUAUUCUGUCCUAAUUCUUGAUGAGGCUCAUGAAAGGAGCUUGAACACAGACAUUCUGAUAGGGAUGCUCUCGCGUGUGAUCAGAACUCGCCAAAAGAUUUAUGAUGAACAACAGAAGAUGGUCCUUUCAGGAGAAAGUAUAAGUCCUGAUAAAAUGGUUUUUCCAUUAAAACUUGUGCUGAUGAGUGCCACCUUGCGAGUGCAAGACUUCACAUCUGGAAGGUUAUUCCACACUCCUCCACCUGUGAUAGAAGUUCCAACGAGGCAAUUUCCAGUUACAAUGUAUUUUGCAAAGAAAACCGAGAUAACAGAUUAUGUUGGUGCUGCAUAUAAGAAGAUCUUGGCAAUUCACAAGAAGUUGCCAUCUGGGGGCAUACUUGUCUUUGUCACUGGACAAAGGGAAGUGGAGGACUUGUGCAGGAAGCUACGCAAAGCUUCAAAGGAGUUUAUCAUGAAAAAAGUUAAAGGAUCUGUGGAAAAUGAUAGCAAUGUGGUCAAUGAAACAAGUUCUGUUGAGGGAAUAAAUAUUAAUGAGAUUAAUGAAGCAUUUGAGAUGCCUGGAAGUUCAUCCAUGCAACAAACUGAUAGGUUUAGUGGUUAUGAUGAAGAUGACAAUAAUUUUGAUGAGAACGAAUCUGAUUCUUAUGAUUCAGAAACAGAGAGUGAAUUGGAAUUCAAUGAUGAUGAUAAAAAUAAUCACAACGGUUCAGAGAACAAUAACAAUAUUGUGGAUGUCUUAGGAAAUGAAGGAAGUCUUGCUUCAUUGAAGGCUGCUUUCGAAAACUUGUCUGGGCAAGCAACAUUAAGUUCCUCAAAUGUGAAUACAGAAGAUGGUUUAGACCAAUCGAAAGUUGGCAGGGAGAAAAUAGCUAGAGAAAAUCACGAUUCCUCUCCAGGUGCACUCUUUGUUCUACCACUUUAUGCUAUGCUGCCUGCUGCAGCUCAACUUCGUGUAUUUGAUGGAGUCAAGGAGGGAGAGAGACUAGUUGUUGUUGCUACAAAUGUUGCAGAAACAUCUUUAACAAUUCCAGGGAUUAAGUAUGUGGUUGAUACUGGAAGGGAAAAGGUGAAGAAUUAUGAUUCCUCUAAUGGCAUGGAGACAUAUGAGGUGAAAUGGAUAAGUAAGGCAUCUGCUGCUCAACGUGCAGGCAGAGCUGGAAGAACUGCUGCGGGACACUGUUAUCGUCUCUAUUCUUCUGCAGCUUUUAGUAAUGAGUUUCCUGAGUUCUCUCCUGCUGAAGUUGAGAAAGUACCUGUCCAUGGUGUUGUCCUUCUCUUGAAAUCCAUGCAAAUUAAGAAGGUUGCAAACUUCCCGUUUCCUACUUCUCUUAAGGCUGCUUCCCUGCUUGAAGCUGAGAAUUGCUUGAGAGCUCUUGAAGCACUUGAUAGCAAAGAUGAGCUCACACUUUUAGGAAAAGCCAUGGCACUUUAUCCUUUGAGUCCUCGUCAUUCUAGAAUGAUCCUUACUGUUAUAAAAAAUACAAGGUACAAGCGUAUUUGUAACUCAAGUCUGCUUUUGGCAUAUGCUGUUGCAGCUGCUGCUGCUUUGAGUUUGCCAAAUCCUUUUGUAAUGCAAUAUGAAGGAAAUGAUAGCAACAAAGAUUCAGAAACGUCCGAGAAAUCUAGAAUGGGGGACAAUGAGAACAAUAUUGAUAAAACAGAAAAGACGAAGAGAAAGAAACUAAAACAGACCUCUAAAGUUGCUCGUGAAAAGUUUCGAAUUGUCAGUAGUGAUGCGCUAGCCAUAGCAUAUGCCUUGCAGUGUUUUGAACAUUCACAGAAUUCAGUACAAUUCUGUGAAGACAAUGCAUUGCAUUUCAAAACCAUGGAUGAAAUGUCCAAACUUAGACAGCAACUCCUCAGACUGGUCUUUUUUCAGAGUGAUAAAGGUGGUUUAGAACAAGAGUACUCGUGGACUCAUGGAACUCUUGAGGAUGUGGAACAUGCUUGGCGAGUUUCUUCUGCGCACUAUCCUCUCCCUCUGGUUGAGGAAAGGCUCAUUUGUCGAGCAAUAUGUGCUGGCUGGGCAGAUAGGGUUGCCAAACGUAUUCCAAUUUCUUCAAAGACCGAUGAUGGAGUGACAAUUUCUCGUGCCGGUAGGUAUCAGUCAUGCAUGGUUGAUGAAAGUAUUUUCAUUCAUCGUUGGUCAUCGGUCUCUACUGUACGCCCCGAGUUUCUGGUUUACAAUGAGCUAUUAGAGACAAAAAGACCAAACAAAGAAGGGGAGACGAGUGCGAAGAGAGCAUACAUGCAUGGAGUAACGAAUGUGGACCCAACUUGGCUAGUUGAGAAUGCAAAGUCUUCAUGCAUCUUCUCUCCACCCCUGACAGAUCCCAGACCAUUUUAUGAUGCACAGGCUGACCAAGUAAAAUGUUGGGUCAUCCCAACCUUUGGACGCUUCUGUUGGGAACUUCCUAAGCAUUCAAUACCCAUUAGCAAUGUCGAGCAUCGGGUGCAGGUGUUUGCCUAUGCUUUACUUGAAGGUCAGGUGUGUCCAUGCCUGAAAACAGUUCGAAAAUACAUGUCAGCCCCUCCUGAAACUAUUUUGAGGAGAGAAUCCUUUGGUCAAAAAAGGGUAGGAAAUCUUAUAAGCAAGUUAAAUAGCAGGUUGAUUGAUAGCUCUGCCACGUUGAGAAUAGUGUGGAAGCAGAAUCCAAGAGAGUUAUUUUCAGAAAUUUUGGAUUGGUUUCAACAGGGUUUUCGCAAGCACUUUGAAGAGCUAUGGUUACAAAUGCUUGGCGAAGUGCUACAGGAGACCCAAGAACGACCUCUGCAUAAAAGUUCAAAAAAAAAGUCAAAAGUAAAAUCUAAAUCGCGGCAAUGAUUGCUCGACAGUUAAGGUAAAAUUGCAUAUGUAACCCCUACAUUUAGCUGUUUUCAUAGUUGAAGGCCAUCUCUAGAUUAGUUUUGAGAGCUUAUUAUUCAGAACAAUUUUAUGGUUCUUCAAAGUCCUUUUAAAGUUGUAGAAGUUAUACGAGAAAGCUUCUAAAAAGCUGAGAUACAGAAGCUAUUUUAACUUACACUAGAAUUGUCUAAAUUUUGUUUACUUAUUGCAAUAUUCUGCAUUCUUUUGGUAUUUCUAAGUGCUUCAAGUUUAUCUAAACUCUGAAGUGACUCAAGUUAUGUAUUGCCAAGUAUUAAGCAAUUUUGUGUGAAAUCUUUU